GGUCGUAGAGAACGGAUGCCAGUUUUGUUUGCUGAAGUGUUUGCGGAAAAUAUAGUUUCAAAAUAAGUUUGUGCUUCAAUUUUAGAUUGUGUUUAUUUAUAUCAAAUAAAUGCCAGGUUGUUUGGAUCACGUGUUAAUUUAAAAUAGGUUUUUAAUUUUGGACACGUUGUGUUUGUGAAGUGGUUUUUUAAUGCGACUAUAAAAUUUGCGGUUUGGAAUUUGGUGCAAUGGCAAAUUCAGUAAGAUGAAGUAGCUCUGAGGACGAAGGCACCAUGGAUGACCCGGAGAGGAUCGCGCGGGAGCAGCUUGCUUGCGACCUUGCCAAUAACCUCACCGUACCACCGCCAGGUCUCUACUGUGAAGGUACAUUCGACACUUGGCUGUGUUGGCCGCACACGCCCGCCAACACCACUGCGUACGCGCAUUGCCCACUAUUCGUGCCCGGAUUCAGUACUGAAUUGCUCGCUUAUAAGGAAUGUACAGCUGAUGGCACUUGGUGGCGGCACCCUGACUCAGGGAAACCCUGGUCCAAUUACACUACUUGCGUCAAACCUGAAGAAGAUGUAGGUGAAGUGAUAGCGCUUUACGAAACUGGUUAUAGUAUAUCUCUGAUUGCUCUACUCGUAUCUCUGGCGAUUCUCUCAUAUUUCAAGAGUUUAAGAUGCGCCAGGAUUACAGUACACAUGAACUUAUUCGCUUCGUUUGCACUCAACAAUGCGCUAUGGCUGGCUUGGUACGGCAUGGUGGUGAACAACGCGGACACGCCCAAAGAAAACCCUGUCUGGUGCAGACUCCUCAACGCGAUCCUGCAAUACGCCCUCCUAACGAACUACACCUGGAUGUUAUGCGAAGGCCUCUACCUUCACACCGUACUAGUCAGCGCUUUCGUGUCGGAGCGACGCUUAGUCCGAGUCCUGCUGGCCGCUGGAUGGCUACUGCCUGUUCCAUCAGCUAUCAUCCACGCAGCGAGACGCACGGCAUCUGAAGACCCAUUCUGCUGGGCAGACGAUGGCGCCCCACGCCCAGAACUUGCCGUGCUAGUCUGUGCUACUGUGAUCCUAAACUUAGCAUUUCUUUGCAAUAUUGUCAGGGUGUUGUGUACAAAAUUACGCGCCGGUGGUGGAGCAGGGAUAGCCAGGCCAUCGGCGACGGCUCUGCACGCCUUGCGGGCUACCUGUCUCCUGGCGCCAUUGCUUGGAGUCCAGUACUUAUUGACGCCGUUCAGGCCGGAGAGGGAUGCGAGCUGGUGGCGGGCCUACGAGUACGUGUCGGCGAUCAUGACGUCACUGCAAGGGUUGUGCGUGGCCGUGCUAUACUGCUUCUGCAAUGGGGAGGUCCUAGCGCAGCUGAGGAGGAAGUGGCGCGUGCUGACGUUUAGACCGAGAGCGAAUUCAACGACGAAUACUACUGUGUCGUUCGUAAGAUCAGCGGGCGCGGCAGGUGGUGAGGAUAAGGUCUGACUAGCGGCCGGCGGCGAGCCCGAAACCGACGUGGCGGAGCGCCAGCGCACGAUACGCUUCGAGCACGACAGCGACGAGGACACGCCGCCGGACGCCAGACUCAUCUGAUGAUAUUAUAGCUAAUAACAUCACUUCCUACCUUGCCUAAAGAACUAUGUAAUACAUGUGUUACUGUUUGUAGAAAAACGACUCUUUGUUUAGAAUAAGUUGUUUGUUUUGUCUCGUUUCUAUCUAUAAUUGUGGAGUCCAUUUUUAAGGACGGAUGUUUG